AUGGCCAGGCUUCUUGCAGCCUUGAAUACUUCCUCACAUGCAACCAAAGGUGCGAAUACUUCCGGACGUUCCAUCAACUUCCUGUACCAAGGUUUCAACACAGCCCAUUGCCUGCGCAUCAUCGUACUACAAACCUGGUACCAACCACACGGUCAGCCUAUCGCCCAAAAGAUCAAACGAUCCUUCCAGCCGUCCUUCCUGUUCUGUGAGAUGACACAGCAAAACCCAGCCGCUCCGAACUCGGAGUCAAAUGAAGCUUCGGUCGAUGCCCAGGAUGCGACAACGGAAAAGAACCCGCCAAAGUUCCAGAAAGGUCCAAGAUUCUGGGCCAUCAUGGUCGUCCUCUCACUAGUGAGCCUUCUCACGGCUUUGGAGGCCACAGUUACCUCGACGGUUAUGCCAUCUCUCGUCGCCGAUCUGGGUGGGGGCGAAGAAUUCAUCUGGGUUUCUAAUGCAUACUUCUUGACCAUGUAA